GCCGGCGCCAGGGGCUUCCUGCUCGGCUCUGCAGUGCGCGGUGGCUCGCUGGGCCCUGGGUGGGCGGGGCCGCACCCCCGCAGUCGCCUGUUAAAGGAGGGACCAGACUGUGCGGGUUAACUUGAGAAGUGGCGGCUCUAGGUUCUGGUGCGAGACUCCUCAUUUGUGUUGUAAAUUUGGACGGAGGUAGAGAUGGACGCUGCUCUACUUAACACUGAGUUCUCAGUCUGGAAAGGCUGUCGUCCCUCAGAAAGAUGGUGGGAAGGUUACUACUGCUCUAGAAAAUAAAGUCAGGGGGAAAACGUCUCUGGCUCCCAUGGUUGCUGAGAAACUAACAUCACCACACAGGAAGACAGCCACAUGGGCCAAAUUGCCAAAAGACAGGAGGAGUGCCAAGAAGAGAAGUGGGAACGAUGAGGAGGAAGAAGAUAAGAACACGGAGUUGGGCCAAGAUGAGAAAGAGCCUAUCAAAAAAACACCUGAUAAAUGGAAGAAGGAGAUGGCUAAACAGAAGGCUUUCCCUGAAAUCAAAAAACAGAGAUUGGAAGGAAAUUUGGUUAUGUGAAUUUUAAAUCUGCUAAUGAUCAGGGAAAAGCCUUGAAACUUAGUGAGACAAAGGUCCUUGGGAAUGAAAUUAAAUUGAGAAAACCAAAAGGAAAGGAAGUAAAGAAAGGAUCGCCUAUGCUGACUUCAAAUCACAGGCUGAUGCAGAGAGGGCCUUGGAAGACAAGCAAGGAACAAAGAUUGGAGGGCUUGCCAUAGCUCUGGACCCUGUUGGAGAGAAAAGUCAAGGCCAAGAAGAGAGAGGCUGGAAGAACAGCACGCGGAGAAGUAAGGGACGCUAAAGCUCCAUAGGCUGAAACUUGCCAGGGUCGGGUUGUCAGCCAGGUUCCCCAGAGAGGGGCUGGAAUCAGGAUAGGGACACUUUUUUGUUUUUUAAGUUUAUUUAUUUUGAGAGAGAGAGAGAGAGAGAGCAAGGGAGGGGCAAAGAGAGAGGGGAAGAGAGGAUUCCAAGCAAGUUCCACGCUGCCAGCACAGAGCCUGACGCGGGGCUCAAACUCACGAACUGAGAUCGUGGCUUGAGCUGAAACUAAGAGCCGAUGCUUAACUGACUGAGCCCCCCAGCGCCCCUCAGGAUAGGGACACUUAAAUACAAUUUCUCCCUGUAUUAAAAAUGGGUAAGUCCUCCUCAGAUCAAGUUAAUGAGUAUUGUCCUAGUUAACUGUAACCUUGAAGUCUGCAAAAACACAGCACUUUGAGAUACAUCAGCUUAGCUCCCCUUCUUGGGGGCUCUCUAGGAUUGUGUUUGGACAGGUUCGUAAAGCUGUGGUUUCAGAAAUUAGAUAUUUAAUUCUCUUCAAGUAGAGUUUUUGUCAGGUUUAAACCAGAGACCCCAAACGAGUCCCUAAUCUGCCUAAUCUAGUGAGUAGUCAUAAUGGCUUCUACAGUAUUUACAGGGGGAAAAAACCCCACAAUUUAUUAUGAAUAUUUUUAAAAAUCAAGAAAUUUCACAUAGAAAUCUGGAUUUCCAGCUUCUUUUGCUGUUGCAUCAGAAAAUCUGGUGGCCCUGGGGCUGCAUUCCUACAUGUCUGCAGUUGUCUGCACAGGAAAAUCAGAGGCUUCCUCUUAGCUGUUGACUACAACCCCCACCAUUCACUAAGUUCUUCCCUAACUGAAGGAGCGAACAGCACACUUACACUUUGCAAAAAUAGAGUCAGUACUUUUUUCUUGCAAAGCAUUAGCGAAGGUGACAUGUUAAUAUUUCUUAUGCAUUUGUCUCUUUCAAAAGUGGGAAAACGGAAGCUAGAACAAGAAAGCCACACAUUUCAAGAAAAAUGGGAGCGAGCCUAUUUCUUUGUGGAGGUAAAGAAUGUCCCUACGUGUUUAAUAUGCAAACAAAGCGUGUCUGUGUCGAAGGAGUAUCACCUCAGACACCAUUAUGAAACAAACCACAGCAGGAACCAUGAGGGAUAUACAGAAAAGAUGCGUGAUAAAAAACUAAAUGAGCUGAAAAAAAGACUGAAAUUUCAACACGAUGUCCUUUUGAAUGUGAAUAAAAUAAGUGAUGCUGCUAUGAAAUGCAGUUAUGUAUUAAGUGAGAAAAUUGCCCGGGCAUCCAAACCUUUUACAGAUGGCGAGUUUAUAAAGGAAUGUCUAUUGAGUGCCGCGGAGAUUAUGUGCCCUGAACAGAGACACGCAUUUGCGAACAUAAGACUAAGUGCUAAUAUUGUUCCGCAGCACGUUGGCGAUGUGGCUGGGAACUUACAGGACAAGUUGCGAGGAAAAGGUAAAUCAUUUGUGGCUUUCUCCAUUGCAGCUCAUGAAGGGGCUGAUGUAGAUAAUGCCCCCCAACUGGCUGUAUUUAUUCGUGGUGUUGACGAAACUUUUGAUGUGACCGAAGAGCUUUUGGACAUGGUACCCAUGACAGGCACCUCAUCAGGAAACGAAUUAUUUGUAUGUGUUGAGGAAAGUCUUAAAAAAUUUAAUGUAGACUGGUCGAAAUUAGUCAGUGUUAGCACCGAUGGCAAUUCUGCACUGGUUGGUGUUGAACAACUUGUUACAGAACUUAAAUCUAAGGUGUCAGGGCUUUGCAAAGACACAGAGCUUAAGUCUGUGCACGGCCUCAUUCUCCAGGAGUCACUUUGCACUAAAAAGUUAAAAAUGGAUCAUGUCAUGGACAUAGUAAUUCACACCAUAACCUGGAUACGUUCCCAUGGCUCAGACCACAGAGAGUUCAGUGCUUUGUUCAGUGAGUUAGAUGCACAGUAUGGAAGCUUGUUCUCCGUGGGACUUAAGUGGCUGAGUCGUGGCAUGGUGUUAAGGCGGUUUUUCGAACUGUUGGAAGAAAUUGAUUUUUUCAUGUCUUCUAAAGGAAAACCUGUUCCCCAGCUUACUAGCAAAGAUUGGGUCAAAGACUUAGCCUUUCUGGUUGACAUUAUGACUUACCUAAACAUGUUGGAUAUCUCCCUGCAAAGGCGUUCACAAGUGGUUACGCAGAUGUAUGACUCAAUUCACUCGUUUUUAAUGAAACUGUGUCUUUGGGAGACUCAUUUGGCAAGGAACAAUCUGGCCCACUUCCCCACGCUGAAAUUAGUUUCCGAAAAUGAAAGAGAUGGCCUGAACUAUAUUCCCAGAAUUAAAGAGUUGAAGACUGAGUUCCAAAAACGGUUCUCUGAUUUCAAACUUUAUGAAAACGAGCUGACAUUGUUCAGUUCACCUUUCUCAGUUAAUAUUAACAACGUGAGCGAGGAGCUACAGAUGGAGGUUAUUGAACUACAGUGCAACACGAUACUGAAAACGAAAUACGACUGUGUCGGAAUCCCAGAAUUCUACAAACACCUUGGGAAUGGUUACCCUAAAUAUAAAAACCAUUGUGCAAAGAUUCUGUCCAUGUUUGGAAGUACCUACAUUUGUGAGCAGCUAUUUUCAGUUAUGAAACAACAGAAAACUACUAAGUAUUGCCCCCAGUUAAAAGAUUCAGGGGUGACUUCCCUGCGGCGCGUUGCUGCACCAGAUACACACCCUGGCGUGGAAUGACACCUCGGGGCUUAAGAAAGGAGUGUCACGUUUUGGAUUUCAAAUCUAAGGACUAAUACAUUAUGAGACUUUGAUUAUUUCUAUUUCCAAAUUGUAUUUGUUCACUGUCGAAUUUAAACCACAAUCUCUGGCAUCCUACGUUUGUAUCUUAUCACGUAUAAAAUAACGUUUGAUUAUACCUUGGCGGUUUAUUUUUCCCCUGCCGUACCUUUCUGGCCCUGAAGAGUGAUUCACGUUGGUAAACCUCUGCCCUAGAAGCAAUCGCAUUUUUCCCAAAGGCACUUGUGAACCGGGGAUGUGAACCAGGGAGUCUGCUGGAUGAAUGGGGUGUUUAGAUGCCUAGAGCAGCUCUGUCCCCAAGGAUGACAGACUCAGCCCCCUCCCUGGAGAGAGCUGGGACCGCAUAGCCAAUACUGGCCCCUCGGCUUCUCUUUUGGUGCUUCCAUUUUGCAUUUACACAUUUCUUUGAAAUUUCAAUGUUGUUGGUCAGCAUUAGAAGAAGUUGUGGCUGGGCCCACAGCCAUUCUGCCUCUCACAGGCACGGAUAGGCAUUUCCUCCCCAUCAGGGCCGCCCCCAAGGGGAUGCAGAAUGAGGUGUCCGUGUGCGGAACAGCUUAUGAGCAUCAUUCUGGGGAGAAGGCCCAUAGGUACCAGCAGCCCCUUACAAAAGUCUGUGACCCGAAAUGUGUUUUUCCACCGUGAAAUUGGGACAUGACUGCUCACUGUUACAGACACUGUAUUUUAAAUAGUCCAAUUAUGGGGCGCCCGGGCGGCUCAGUUGGUUAAGCGUCCAACAUCGGCUCAGGUCACGAUCUCACGGUCCGUGGGUUCGAGGCCCAUGUCGGGCUCUGUGCUGACAGCUCAGAGCCUGGAGCCUGUUUAGGAUUCUAUGACUCCCUCUCCCUCUGCCCUUCCCCUGCUUGUGCUCGCUCGCUCUCUCUCAAAAAAAAAAAAAAAAAAUUUAAAUAGUCCAAUUAUGAAAGUGAAAUGUACUUAUUGUAGAACAUUUGGAAACUAUAAAGAAAUAGAGGGAAAAGUCUAUAAUGUCAACAACCAAAGGUAACCCCUAUAAAUAUUUAAAUAUGUUUGUUUCCUUUCACUUCCUAUGAAUUAUUUUAUAUGCUUGAGUGCA